AGCGCGGUAACUUUUAGCGGCGGCUGUGAUCAUCGGAGAGUAACGGGAGCGGAGCUCGUGCUCGCGCACACGCUCGCGCUCGUCAGUCAGUAGCGUCGGUUUGUUGACGUCCGCCGGGGUACAGCAGCAGCUGCUGCUAGUAACGGGGCUCUCCUGGCCGCCCGACAGCCCGCCGCCGGUCCGGCUCGCUCCGUUCGAUGGGUUUUCUGGUGGGAAGAUGAUCGCCUCACUGUCGAGAGGAAGUCUGCUGGACGAGGUUCUUCACGGAGGCUUUAACGAGCAGCAGCUGGCAGCGUACAUUUCCUGGGUGAACUCUCAGCUGAAGAGGAAAGCAGGCCUGAAGCCCAUCACUGACCUCAGGCGCGACCUGCAGGAUGGCGUGGUGCUCACACAGCUCAUAGAGAUCGUUGCCGGGGAGGUGCUGGAGGGAGUGUAUGUGACUCCACAAAACAAAGAAGAGAGCAGGAAGAAUGUGGAGGAAGUCUUGCGGUUCAUUUCCUCUAGACACAUACGCAUGCCGCACAUAUCCGCCAGAGACAUUGUUGAUGGCAAUCUGAAAUCUGUAAUGAGGAUAAUUCUGGCACUGGCAGCCCAUUUCAAGCCGUCAGCCAAUCACAGGGCUGCCUCUGGAAGUAGGAGGGGCUUCACAGGAGGCGCUGCCAGCCACAACCCUCUUUCCACGGUGGCUCUGGCUCAAGGUGCUGCUGCUGCUCUGGCUUCAGCUCGACUUGAUGCUUCGCUGCCUGCACGUUCCACACGGAUCCACAGCGGCUGGGGGUCGGGUGGAGACAAGAGUGUGUGCGUUCGAGCUCUUGUUAAGCAGUAUGAAAGAGGAUCCGACGAGCAUUCGACUCUCCAGCUUAGCAGCCUCAGCACUGUCAGCCCGCUGUCAUCGCCAUGCAGCCACCCAGAGAGACCGCCGCAGGACUCCCGACAAGAACAGCCCAACAGUGACGAGUCCUGUCACAUCGUCGUGGAGACAUCAUGGGAGGAUCCUCUCAGUGAAAGUUUGGAGAAGGAGGUGCAGGAGGCACGGAAGAUGGUGUCUGCUUUACAGGCGCUGCUGCUGCAGGGUUCUCUCCCCGAGGACGAGCAGGACGUGUCUUUGACGUUGGACCAAGGAAACACUGAACAGCAGCUGGUAGUCAUUCGCAGUCGUUUGGAUCAGAGUAUGGAAGAAGCUCAAGAGCUUAAGAGGGAGGUGUUGCGCUGCAAGCAGGACAUGAGAAACCUGCAGGGAGUAAAGGAGGCCCAGCAGCAGCGGCUCUGCACCCAGGAAGCAUCGAUACUGCAGAUGAAGCAGGAGCUUCUCCGAGCCAGCAUGACAAAGGACGAGCUCACCAACCAAAAUGCAGAGCUGCAGUGGAAGCUGGAGGAGUGUACCAGGCUGUGGGGCGAUUGUAAGAAGGAGCUGGGACAGAAGGACCGGCUGCUUCAACAGUUCAAACACAAACUAGAAGAAAGUCAGAAGAUGCAGGCCGAAUUGCAAACGGAGUUGGAACAUAAAAACAACAUGCUGCAGCAGCUAAUGUGCAGAGAUCUGGAGCAGAUUCCCAGCGGGACAGAAAACAAUGGAUAUUCUUACUCUGGAAAUCAAUCUCCUUCCAUGUCAGCACAACAGGCAGAUGAGGUUCAGCUUCUCAGAGACGCACUGAGGAGUCUGAGGAACAACUUCAGGGACCAUGACCCCCAGCAUCACACACUGGACACCCUGGAGCAGGGCAUAGUGUCGCUCAUCGACAGGCUGCAUGUUCUGCACAAACACAAGGGAGUGGGGAAAUCUCCAAGACCUAAAGGUCAACACACAGACGCCGACUCCUGGCCUUCCUCAAAGAUGUGCCAGUCCCACAAUGGUUCAUCUUCAUCAACAAAGAUCCUUUAUUUCACUGGCAAGUCCCCCACGCCCUCUAUGAUCAACAUACCAAAAAGGCUGGGUGAAGUGACGCUCAAGGAUGUCAAAGCAGCCGUUGAUCGAGAGGGGAACUACAGGUACCACUUCAAGGCCCUGGACCCAGAAUUUGGGACUGUGAAAGAAGAGGUAUUCCUGGAUGGAGCGGUUGUUCCAGGCUGGGAAGGUAAAAUUGUGGCCUGGGUAGAAGAAGACCGUGGCGAGGAAAGGCCGGUGUAGGUUCAACCUGAGGCCGUGCGACGCGUCUUUUUAAGGACGGUGGCGGUUCUGAGCCCAGAAACGGCGCAUUGAACCGGCUGUUCAGACCAAGUGGACGCUUUGUCUUUCGACUGGAGCUAUGAGAUGUUUGACAAAGAGAUUCAGAGUUAAUCAGCUCGUAGUAAACAAGACUGAUAGCACGAAGUUCUUCUGGAGAACGUUUGACUACAAUUUAAGUCCAGACUAUCACAAAACUCAGUGCCUUAAAGGUAAAAGUUGUUUGUAUCAUGUGCUUCUCUUUGUCAAGUCGUAUCUCUAACAUCAGAACAAAGAAUGUUGAUGUUAUUACAGUAUGCCUAGAAGAAUUGAGAGAUUUACACAGGGAAGUCUUUCUUUCUCUGUUUUUUGUUUUUUGUUUUAAAUUCUAGAUCCAGUUUGCUGUUUUUCCAUUGUGCUGUCAUUAUUGUGAAUGUAGUUUGAACAUACAGUGUUAUCUCAGACAGCAAGCAGUAUAAUAACAAGACGGAUGGAACGACAGAAGUCGACAUGCCACUCUCACAGCAGCAGCUGAGUGCAGUUUUAACCAUGUUCAUAAGUUACAUGAAGGCAGUAAAACUAGAAAGGAGUUCAAAAUGCGUAAUAUAUUGUUAAAUAAACACAAGAAGGACCACUAUGUAUUCAGACUGAACGGGACCUAGAUGUGCUUGUUGCUGUCAGUCUGGAGCACAUCAGCAGGAACAUAAACAUCCUUCAUCUGAACCACUGAGUAGAAAUGAUGCUGGAGUGUUUGUGUUCAAGUAGAAAAUGCAGGCUCUUUUAUAACUGUUCUGAAUGUUUGUUUUCUUCUUAUUCUUCCGUAUUUGAAUAUUUGUUUAAAGAGAGAUUAUGAGGUGUGGAUGCUUCUAUUUAUGAUCUGUGUAUUUGUGUGUAUAUGUUAUGUAUUGGCACACUUUCUCUCUGCUUUUAACUUCCCAGUUGGGAUCAACGUGUUUGCCUUCAUUGACAAGCCAACAGAAAUAUGCAUCGUUUGAGUUAUUGAGGCCUGUUUGACUGCCAUGACUGCCUGUACUGUUAGACAAAAGUACAAAUGUACAAUUUGCAGGUGAAGGUUUGUUUAGGAUUUGUUUUAUCAAGGUUUUUUUUUUCUACAAAAUAUUGAUUUUGUAAAUAUGAACCAGAAAUGGCCUUUGUUGAAUGUUAUAAAAUAUUUUUGAAAUAAACCUGAACCUUGGUUUGUAAGAUGA